UUAUUUUUUCUGUUUGUCUUGAUGGAACAUGUUUGGGCGUACGAGGCAGUUCCCGAGAUUGGGAAGCGUUUUGGCCAGAGAGUUGGGGAACAAAUGCCACGAUUGCUUAGGUGGUCCGCACGAAAACAACCACAGCAUCGUACGUACGAUGCAUUCUUCAAGAACGUGUGGUUGCAUGUGUAUGCCACACUUCGUCCCACCGACGCUGAGGCGGAACAGCAGUAUUUCUCCACUCUCGUGCCGUACGAUGAUCCUCCGGUGCCUGUGCUGGAUAAGAUUGCCAGGAACGUUGUGGGGCCGCAGUUUAAUGCAUCACACGGAGGUAGUGGAAGUGGGGGCCAGUUGGUGAGGCAGGAAUCCGAUGACGGAGUCUCGAGCAGAGGAGGUGGUGAGGAUGACAUGUCUGGAGAUGAAGGUGCCGAUGCCGAGGAGAGUGGCGAGGGCGCCAGUGAGCGAUCCAGCGUCGGUGCGGAUACUUGUAGAGGGCAGACCGGUGCGUCUUCCACACCUCCAGCGACCGACGUAUCUUCUCCAGUGCGAGGGCCGACGAUGGAGACACGGCCAGUUGGCACAUCCGGAUCAGGCGUCACCAAAGAGGAGGUGGAAGAGAUGUUGUUCGACCAAAGAAUUCUCUUUGAAAUGCGACUCCGCACCGUCAAGCUUGAAAUCGAACAGCACGUGACAUUCGAAUGUAAAAAACUCCGAGCUUUCUUUGCAACCCUCGUGGCCCCACCUGCUCCGACCCCCGUUCCAGCCGCGAUGCCCGCCGAUACCGAGGGUGGCGUUUCAGGUAGCAUUCCGCAAGAUAUGAAUGUUCAAUACAUAAACCGUUUGGUUUAUAAUUUUCACCCAUGUUUGACAGUAGCACAUGCACCUGUAGCUAACAUUUUUUCCAUACGACGAUUGCGAGUUAGAAAUACGUGGAGGAGAAAUGGAGCAUUCCCCAGACGAGCAAGACAUGCGAGCAGAUACAGGAACUGCACAUGUACAAGAUGGAGAAGACAUCGCGGCUCGACCGGACAACGUACACGACCCACUGCCCGUAGCAACCGACGAACAGAUAGGUGGAGGACAGAUGGAGCCGAUAUUUGCCGUCCCGGAUUUGAACGAUGGAGGAGCCAUGGAGCCCUCACAUACGGGCCCGAGCAACGAUGCCGACUUACAGGGUUGCGAUGUUACGGAUGGUGAUGGCGAUCUCGCUGAAGUCCCUGUUCCCGCCAGUGUAGCCGAACCAGGACACGGAGUUCAUACGACGAGUCGGCGCUAGGCACGGGUGCGACGUCCAGCUCGUGCGGCCAAGACUCCAUAUACAAGGGCGGCGAAGCGAACGAAGAAGUAAAAGGGAUGUGAACUGUGGGGACAGCACGACGGUGGUGUUGUAGUUGGUAAUACCCUGUCAGCGAUUUCGUGAAGGUGGUGACGGAUGUUAACAUGUUGGAUAAAUAACUUUUGUUUGAAUUCGUUUUACAUUACAUUUUCAUUACUCUUGCGUACCAUGGUGAUACGUGGACAGAUUCCUCAUAUUUUAUUUUGUUUGGCUGAUCGCUAGUUGUAGUGUUUAUGAAUUGUGUCUGGUAUUUUACCUUUGUCGAUUCUAUCAAUCAGGUUCGUUUUGUUGUUCGGUAUAUGUUUUUUUUGGACAUAUUGUGUGCGCUUAUUUUCUCUUGGAGGAGGGGAACAUGCGUAUGCAACAUGCCAAUUUCCCGAAAUGCUUUGUAACUACUGUUUUCUUGAUAUUGUUGAUAUUCGAUCCAA